AUGAAUUCUCUAGAAAGAAAAAUAAAGUUACUAAAUUAUAAAAAUAUUGAUAUUACAAAGGACGAUUUUUAUUUUAUGAUUUUAAAAAUAGAAGAAGAAAAAAUUCGUUUAUAUAAACCAAAGGAUAGAGAAAAAAUAAAUUAUACGAAAGAAAAAAAUUAUAUUGAGCAUAUAAUAAAAUAUUUAAAGAAACUAAAUAUAAAUACAAGUGAAAUAAAUAAAAAUAGUAUUAAUGAUAUAGAAGUUAGAACAUAUAUUUUAAAUAACUUAACUACAUUAGCACUGAUUGACGAUUACAAAGAUUUUAUAGGCUACGAAGAUGAAGAUAUAAGCAAUAAAAUAAUAGAUAAUAGUAGUUCUAUAGAUGAGUUUUCUAGUAAUAAUAAUGAAAAUACGAAGAAUGAAAUAAAGGAUGAUAUUUUAGUAAAUUUUUUUGAAUUAAAGAAUCUAAAUAGCAUAGAAAAUGAAGAAUAUACAAAUCAUGAUAAGAAAUUGAAUGUAUUAUAUGAAAAAAUUAAUGAAAUAUUUAAAAAAAGUGAUAUUCCUUUACUUGAUUCCAAUAAUAUGUGUAAUAUUAUAUCUGCCUUACAUCUGAUAAAAGAAAAAUUAAAAAAUAAAAAAAAAAUAGAUAAUAUUGAUUACCAAACCUUAUUUAGUUUAAAUAUUGAUGUAUCUAAUAAUGAUUUAAAAGAUUUUGUCUAUAUUUUAAGGUAUUUAUUUAAUAAUACACUUAAAAAAAGAAAAAUGUGUAUUAAAAAUAUUCUCAACGAAAUACAAAUAUUAACACAUAACCCAGUAAUAGAUAUAAAACAGGGAAAGGUCGGAAGAUAA